CGGGCCCUGAGCGCCCCCUGCCGGCGGCCCAUGGCGUUCCCGGGCUCGCUCUUCCCCGCCUUCCUCCGCGCCGGGCCCCCCCGGGACCUGCCCCGCCCGCCGCCGCUCGCGGGCUGGGGCGGCUACGGGCAGGUGCAGGGGGCCGGCCCGAGCCAGCCCCAGGAGAGGUUUAUUCCACUUCACAGCAAGAAGGGCGAGAGAUGGGCCCCUGCUGAGGCGUGUGCCGUGCCGUUCCUGUCCCCCAACACGAGCUGCCGUGUCCCCACGCUGACGCCCCAUGACAUCCUCUACGUGGGGCAGAUUCAAAGGAAGCACCAGGCCGGCAAGACUGGGGGGGCUGCCCUGGACUUCACAGGGCAGCUGGCUCACUUCUUCCUGGAUCACCCCGAGGAGGCCUUCAGCACCAUGGGGCAGCUUCUUCAGGAGCACUUCUACCUGGGGGAGGAGCAACUGCAGAGCAAGGCGCAGGAAAACACCAUCUCAGUGAAGACCCUGGUCCAGGAGCUUGACCGGAGGGAGGGCAGGCGUGACUGCCCCUGGCCCCAGCCCAGCCCACGGCUGCGCUGGUUCUCCUGCCUGUCCCGGGACUGGCUGUUCGAGGUGCCCCUGGGCCUGCUGGCCGAGUGCGUCCAUGAGGAGCUGGCCCUGCAGUGGGCGAAGUUGCUGUUCGACGACGCCCCGACUGGGGGGGCACUGGCUUGGCUCCCCACUGAGGAUGUGGCUCCUACCCCCCGAGGCUGCCUGGUCUACCCAGGAGGGGAGGCCAUGAACCUCCUCUGUUUCCAGGAGGUGGCCCUGGAGCAGGUGGCUGGUGCCCUGCAGCCCCGCGCCCAUGGCUGCCCCGCGCAGUUCGAGCUCAGUGGCCGGGUCCGCCAGGUGGCCACUGCGCAGGUGGCCGGGGAAGCCCUCGUUGGCGUUCGCUCGGAUCAUCACUGUGGUGCCUGGCGGCUCCGGUCUGGCACCGCCCCUGCCCCGCUCCAGGUCAUUCGCACUGAUGCGCCUGCCUCCUGCCUCACCGUCAGCCCCCACCUCCCCGGGGAGCUGUCCGUCUGCACCCUCAGCGGGGCCGUGUACCUCUGGAACAUCGAGACUGGGCUGCAGCGACUGCGCCAGGACCCCGAGACGGCGUUCUUCCGAGAGGCAUCCCCCUGGCGCUGGAGCGAGUUCACCGCCCACCCGCGGGUGCUGAGCUGCGCUGACCGCACUGGCCUGCAGUGCCUCGACGUGCGGGCUCCCUCCAGUUGCCAGUUUGAUCUGUUCAAGGUGGGAGAAGAAGCUGAGUGCCAGAGUGGAGAGCGAGUGAUGCUGCCCAUGUACCUUGGCAGGGCCCACCCCUGCCAGCACCUCAUCACCACGCAGUUCUCGGUGUAUGUGGUGGACGAGCGCUUCCCCCUGGUGCCGGUGCUGCGUUGGGAGCACAUGCUGGAGGCCCCACCUGUCUUUGCCCAUCUCAGCCCGGGCCAGACCCAGGAGAGGAGCCACAAGGUGCUGCUGGGCACCCACCGCACGCAGGAGCUACUGCUGCUGCAGUACACGGGUGGCAGCCAUUCGGCCUGCCAGCUCGCAGGGCCCCCCCGGCGGCUCCAUCCCAUCUACCAGGGUCUGCAGCACCUCCCCCCGCAGGUGACCCCCCAGCAGGGCCUGCUGUGCCAGAGGCUGACUGCACCUGCAGCUGGUGUGACGGCCGCCCACGCCGGGCAGGGGCCGCUGGAGUCCUUGCUGGUUUUCCAGCUCUCCGAGGCCGGGGACCUGUUCUACCAAACCCUGCUGCACGAGCCGCCGGCAGAGAGCGAGUCGUCGGCUGCCCCCGCCUCGCCCCCGUCCCUGCCAGCUCCUGCUGCGGCCGGCCAGCCCUCGCCCACGUGGGGCGCCUCCCUGGGCUCGGGCAGCGAGGAGAGCGGCCGCCUGCCUCCCCUGCCAGGGACUGUCUCCGAGGGCACCGCCGAUGCCGGGCAGGCAGCAGCCCCGGAGGAAGCCAGGCCCAGCGUGGGCCCCAGCCCGGCAGCCGCUGCCCGCUACGGCUGCUGGCUGAAAGCUCUCAUCAGGGACUGGAGCCGGCUGCCGGAGCACAGCCAGCCCCAGGCCCCCCACACCAUCAGCCAUCGGCGCCUCUUCACCGGUGGGGAGCUGAACCAGCCGGCCGGGGACAGCGCCCUCCAUGGCCGAGCCCGCCAGCUGCUGCGCCGGGCCAUGCAGGAGCGGGGCUGCCUGGCGCCCUGGGCCCUGGGGCCGCCCCCCGCCCCCCUGGCCAUGCCCCACCCCGUGGAGCCCUGGGCCUGGCCCGACGACCUGAGCAAGCGGCUGACGGCGUCGUGGGUGGGCGGCUGGGGCGAGUGGUGGGAGGAGAAGCUGGGCAUGACCAGGGCCCACAAGCUGCACGCGCUGCGGGACCGGAGACGGAGCCUGAAGCAAGCGCGGAGCCGCCACAGCCUGUCGGGCAGCUUCACCUCCUCCGUCACCUACCAGUCCGAGCUCAGUGACUUCUCUGCCUGCAGCCAGCCCCCCAGCCAGGCCCGCGAGGAGCAGCGACCCCCGGCCCCUGUGUGCCACCAGGACCUUUCCCCACCGCGGGCGGGACAGGGGGACCUGCCCCCAGCCCCUAGGCAGUGCUGGCCGGCCUCCCCACUGGACAGCACCUCCCAGCGCAGCGGGCAGGAGGCCUGGGGCAGCCAGGACACGGAGGACUCCUCCCAGCUGCUCUCGUCCCAGACCCUGAGCUCGCGGGGCAUCCCCAAGGAGCGCAGGAAAACCCUGCGGGACUACCUGGCCCUCUUCACCGAGCCUGCCCCGCAGCCCCUGUCCGAGCUGCCUGCGAGCCAGGCCUCCAGCCUGGGCAGCCAGCACUGGGGCCCCUCCUCCCAGAGGCAGCGCUCCACCGGGUCGCAGCCCCACCGCAAACGGCCCCGCAUGGGCUUCUGAGACCCACGGCGGGGGGGUGCUGGGGGCAUUGUCUGGAUGCCCGGAGGUCAUGGGGACGGGGAGUGCUGGGGAUGGUGUCGGCCGAGCCCCAGCCACGGCCUGGGGCUGUUGGCCGGUGCAGAUAACUCAAUAAACAGGGAAAGGCA